AUGGUUUAUGAGACAUCUUAUGGCACGGGCCAGAAGCCCUUCAGCCCGGACCUCGAUCGUGGAAAAUGGGAAAAGCCCACCGAUUUCCUAUUCGCCUGCUUUGGACUCGCCCUGAAGCUGGACAUCUUUGUGGCCUCGUAUUGGUUCUUCUUCGAUAUGGGAAUUUGCGGCAUACUUCCUUACUACAUAUACAUGGUCAUCUAUUUGGUCCCGAUUCUGGUGAUACAUUCCUUCAUGGGGCAGUUUUCCAGCAGCGGCUUCAUAUCAGCAUUUCGUGUGUCGCCGUUUUUCAAGGGCAUGGGGUAUGUCAGCACCUUCUUAACCAUCUCCAUGCUCAUCUACUAUGGGAUCUUUGCGGCUGUACCGCUUUUGUUCAUCAUCAACUCUGUUCAUCCCACGCUGCCAUGGAGUUGUGAGGGAAUGAAGUCCUGGCACAAUGAAUCCAGUGACCAACUGACCAUAUGCAAUUUUUCAAAAACCGAGGAGGACUUACUCUAUCUAAACGACAACGGAACAGUCGACUAUUACACAAAGAUACUCCAUGUACCGUCGGUUCUCUAUUUCCAAAAACACUUUGACACCCUUGAUGAGUCUAGGUUUCCCGAUCUGAGUCGGGAGUACGAGCUAUCCUGGCACUUUGUGGGCUUCUUUAUCCUGGUCUGGGCCAUCAUUGGCUUCAUCUUUUACAAGUUCUCGGAGACUGCAAAGUUUGGAAAGUUGCUGCGGUUCAUGGUCUUGAUUACACUGGGUCUUUUGGGAGUCUGCUUUGUGCGGUUCCUCUUCCUACCCGGAUCCAUCAAUGGACUUUUGAAUUACUUGACGCCGCGCCGCGAGGACUUGAUAAUGGGAAGCGGCUCCACCUUUAUUAUGGUGCUGCAGGCCUUCGGCGCUGGCUGGGGAAGUGUGAUGGCGCUCUCCAGCUUCAACGGCUUCAAAACGAACAUAAUGUCCUACAGUUGGAUUAUUUCCUUUGGCCAGAUCUUCAUUUAUAUAUUUUUCGGAUUGGUCACCUUUAUGCUCGAACAUUACUACGAAGAAAUGAAAACCGAAAACUUUGACACACAUGUCAUAAACCAUUGGCUGUUGUUCCUGUCGAGUGCCAGUGCUUUGGCCUCCAUGGAGUGGCCCAACAUGUGGACCGUGAUAUACUACUCGAUGCUACUGCUGGCUGCCCUCAUUGUGAUGAUCACUCAAAUAUUCACGGUACUGACGAGUGUGUUUGACGAGUUCGAGGGGCUACGAAAGUACAAACAGGAAGUGACCUUUGGCCUGAUUGGUGGCCUGGCCCUCUGCUCCUUCUUUUUUUGCACAAAUCAUGGCAUCGUGUACUUCUCUGCUUUGGCUCUGGAUGCCAUCUGGUCGCAUAGCAUUCUUCAUUUGCUGCUGCUGCUGGUGGUUCUGUGGAUCUAUGGACGGGAACGCUUUCAGCGGGACAUUGAGUUCAUGUUGGGCCAGCCUUUUGCCUCAUGGAAGAUUUUCAUUCUCCGCUUCAUAGCUCCCCUUAUACUGAUAGUGUCGCUGUUGAUGGGCAUAGCCGUGGCCUUAAUGGAGCACUCUUAUUCCUCGAUGAUUGUUUUGGUGAUCAGUGUGUUUCUGGUGGUGAUACCAUUGCUGGUGAUACCCGGCUAUGGGCUGUACAACAUGUACCAGAGCACAGGCAGCUGUUGGGAGCGGUUCAGGCGAACAUGCCGCCCCACCGAUUGGUAUCCUGUGGAGAUGGAGCAUCGACAGCAGUACGAGGAGGCUGUGGGCAACACCGAUGUGACCCAUCAACUGUUCGAGGUCACCGACGAGGUCAACUAA